UACCCUGAUUACCCUGGUUAACUACUGAAUUUGGUAUCAUGUGCUACUUUUCUGCGUAUUCGUAGCACCAGAUCAUAGCUCAACAGAAAACCCAGCUACUGGAAUUGCCGAGUGAUAAGAGUGCGUAGUGGUGCAUAUACAAAGUGUUUUUUUUUUCUAAGUAUAGCGGAACCCCAGAAUCUGGAAAGUGGAGUGUCUGAUGAUGCCCGAGACUCCAUGAUGUUUUCAGGAAGUCGAAUUGCACUUUCAUACACAUUCUCGCAUGCUCCAUCGUCACCCGUCUCCCCUUCUACCUGCCCCCUUACUUACCAAGGUGUGCGUACAGGUCAGGUAUGCUGAGUUUGCCCCAGUCAAACCCGAUAAACCCGCGUGAUGUAUUGCUGUCAUGACUCCGAACGAACGAAUGUUGAAUUUGGGAUGUGUGAUUGGGCAGCGGGAUCAAAUGAGAGAUUGUGAUUUCGUGGGGCACCCUCAGGGGCAUGGUUCGAUACGAUCACUCCCCAUUCCCCAUACAAUUCAAAGCAACUAUAUAUACAUAUCGUCCGACUCAACAUAUACCUUUCUUUUUUACAUAUCUCAUUACCCCACAUCCGCAGAUACUCCACUACAAUGGCCCCAAUGGAGAAAGGUUUCAGCUGGUCCAACAUCGCUGUUGGCGCCACUAUGAACAUGUUCGAAGUCACCACCCUCGGCCAACCCCUCGAGGUGCUCAAGACCCAAAUGGCCGCCAACCGAAGUCAAACUAUAGGUCAGGCUUUCAGUACCGUCUGGAGUCGAGGAGGUAUUAAGGGGUUCUAUCAGGGUUUGAUACCUUGGGCCUGGAUCGAAGCUUCCACUAAGGGUGGUGUGCUUAUCUUCACUUCUGCCGAGAUUGAGAAGGCUGCCGUCAAGGGCUUCAACCUGUCCCCUGCUGCCGCCGGUAUGCUUGGUGGUAUCGGUGGUGGUGUCGCCCAGGCGUACGCUACCAUGGGUUUCUGUACUUGUAUGAAGACAGUUGAAAUCACCCGACACAAGCAAAUGUCUGUUGGUGCCCCCGUCGAAUCUACAUUCAAAGUCUUCCUUGAUAUUUACAAGCGCGAGGGUCUCGCCGGUAUCAACAAGGGCGUCAACGCUGUCGCUGUUCGGCAAGCUACCAAUUGGGGGUCCCGUUUCGGUUUCGCUCGACUUGCUGAAGCAGGGUUGAGAAAUAUGAAGGGGAUUAAAGAAGGAGAAAAGCUGGGCGCGAUGGAUAAGAUUUUGGCCAGUACGCUUGGUGGUGCUCUGGCCACUUGGAACCAGCCUAUUGAGGUAGUCCGUGUAGAGAUGCAAUCCGCUCUUAAAUCCCAAGAUCCCGCCCGACCGGCCAAGAAGACUGUUCUCAACACCCUCUCUUACAUUUACAAGACCAACGGUCUCAAGGGUCUUUACAGGGGUGUCACGCCCCGAAUUGGCUUGGGAGCCUGGCAAACUAUCUGUAUGGUCAGCUUUGCUGAUUACGUCAAGGCUUUCAUCGGCACCUCCAAGUAAAUGAGUUCAUCGCAUCCAGCUCCUACCCUCCCAACAUCCAAAACAUCGAUUCGUUGUCGAUACCCAAGUUGUCCAAUAUAACCAUUUCCGUUUACUUUUUUCAAAACGCCAUUAUUUAGAGACGUUGAUAUGCCGGUAUGGCCGUGAAGUUUUUUUUUUCCUUCCGCCUUGAUGUCGUGGGGACCGUAUCCGUCCUCAUUAUACAGAGUUACAAUACAAGUACAUACACUUAGAUGAGUUCAGUAGAGUUUCUUUUUUUUGGGAUACAGUUGUUUUCAAGGUAAACAAGAUGCAUGUGGACGUGGACUUUUUUUCCU